GGUAGCUGAGACAUGCCCUGGCUUUCAGGAAGCCUUUCAAACUGCACUGCAACCUGUGAAAUAACUGGUCAAUGAAAGAUUCAGAAGGGUGCAGUUGAAGGGAGAGGGGAUUGAGACGCAUCAAGCAGCAUCAGAUGAACAGAUCAAAGAAAUCAUGAAUGUCCUGUCUAUCAUUGACAGUGACCUGACAGGCCACAGUGCAAUGUCAAUGCAAACAAAGGACUUGGCAAAGUAUGGAAAGUUGUCUGACUUUCUGAAGACACAUACAAAACAAACACACUAUACAUUUCAAGUCAAGAAGUGCACUGAAUCAGACUGCUUUGUCUGCAACCUAUGCCCACCACGACUACCAGCUGAUGUCUUCGAGACCAUGGCCUUUCUACCGGAUCCAACCCUGGAUAUUUCCCGAGAGCACUACAAGGAGUUUGCUGAAGUGUAUGGGUGCUGUACAAGUGAAGAGGACAGGCCAUCUCUCAAAGCCCCAAAUGAGAAGAAUGAGACAGACAAGAAAAGGAGGAGUCUCCUAGUAGCUGGAAAGGUUCGGAUGGCUAUCAGUUGUGCGUUGUGCUUGAAACCAAGAUGCGUAUACAGUCAAUGUAAACUGAAGAGAGAAGAGGAGGGAGCGGUACGGCGGUUGAAGAGCAGCAAAGUGUAUACGUGUGGCAACAAUCUGUUUGAAGAAGGAGGGAGGUACCAUGACACCAUUGUGGCAAGGGUUGCUGUGAACUGCACAUCCCCAGUAGAAGCCACAUACUACAGCAGCACACUUGUGUCAUUCCCUGCAUGUUGCUUCCACUGUGGAACUGUGGACAACUUGCUGGGACCAGAGGAUCCUACCAUAGCCACUCUAAGACAGCAGUAUGCUGUUGUAAGGCCCAUUUGCUUAGAAUGUUUCAAUGAUGGAAAGGCACCUAAGACAUGGGGGGCCCAAAAUAUGAGAAAGAAAAGAAAGGUGUAAAGUUCACCAAGUACUUGGAACAGUUACUAUCAUUUCAGUUCAGUUUUGUUAUGCUAUUACCUGACAGCUAAGUAUUUCUGCUGCAGUCAUUACUGUAUUAAAGUUCCUCCCACCACUGUAUGAUGUUACAGAACUAUGUGCCACCUAGCAGUUAAAGUUAGUCUGUUUUGUGUCUGUUGCAGGGUGAGUGAAGCAGAUAAUCUACUAUCCAGUAACAAUGUGUUGGAAGGGGCGUAAAACUGAUAGUGCAAAUUCCAAUGCCUUGUCAUUGAUGUCAUUGAGUAGCAAAUGCUAUGUGGA